AUGUUAAAGAAAGAACUGGACGAUGAGAUAAAGAGCCAGCUAGACAACACAAAUAUAAAUGAACAACGUUCAAAAUACGUCACAGCAUUAAUCCAUUAUGAUAAUUAUAAAUUUGACAAUAACUUAAACGAAUCGUUUUUAUCUCAAAAUUAUUUCAACUUUUAUCAUUCAGUUUUUGAUAACAUAUUCCGUAAACCAAAAUCAACAAUAGAUUUAGAAUCAAAUGUUACUAAUUUAACGGAUAUAACACCAUUAGAAUAUGUUACUGAGGAUGAUAUUAGUGAGGCAAUUAAUAGAAACUGUGACGUCUGUUAUACCAAAUUAAAUAAUUCUAUACACUCAGUUUCCACAUGUAAAUAUUGUAACAUUAAAUCGCACACGUAUUGUUUAUUAAAUUUUACCAACAUCAUAACACAUUUAACACCAAUAAACAGAGUAACAAAUUCAGAUACAAAAGAUGUAAUAGUGGAGUAUGAGUAUAUUUGUAAAAUAUGCUAUAACAGGAAAAAUAAGAAAAAGAACACAGUAAGAAGAAUAAAAUGUGUGAUAUGUAAUAACUAUAAUGGGAUAAUUAACUCAGGAGACGUGUUUUAUCACCCGUUCUGUUCCCUAUACUGUUAUGAACAACUUAGUAAGUUUUUUACCAACACAUUAAUGUUCAACAAUCCAAAUGAGUUCAGUAAAUUCAUCCUAUCAAAUAAUGAGAAUAAUAAGAAAAAUUCUCUAGUCUGUGUAAUUUGUAAUGAAUCCGAAGGUGUGUUAAUUAAGUGCAGUAAUGAGGAGUGUGACCAAUUACUCCAUCCAAGAUGUAUUAUUAACCAGAAAGUUAAAAAAACAAAUAAAAGAUAUUCAAUAAUUUAUAAAUAUAUAACAUUGGGUGAUGUGUAUACUCGUAAUCAGUCUGGAGUAAUACUAUUUAAAGGUAUAUUUUGUAAUAAACAUAAUACUAAAGAUAUCAAUGAUGUAAUUCAUAAUUUUAUAAUUAAUAGACCAUAUCAAUUUACACAUUUUGUACCUCACAUACCAGAACCAAAUUCUGUACCACUUAAUCUCAAACCUACUGAAUCUAAUUAUAAAAGAGGAUUAAUAGAUACAAAGUAUGAUAGGGGGUUAAUGGAUCCAAAGUAUGACAGAGGAUUAAUGGAUUCUGUAAAGAAAAUUAAGUAUGAUGGAGAUGGAUCAGAAUUAAAAGUAAAUGGAAAUGUAUCAAUUGAAACAGAUGAAAUUAAUAUAGAAAAUGAACCAAAUAUUAGUCGAGUAGAUCCUAUAAAGAAUGGUUCAUCAGAGGAUACUAUAAAGAGUGGUCCAUCAAAGAAUGACUCAUUAAAGAAUCCUAUGAACACGGAUAUGAUAAAAAAUGAUAUAAAAAAUGAUGUUAAAGAUGAGAAUAUGUUGGAUGAAUUAUUUGAGAUGAAAGUACAGAAAGUAUUAUGGAAUAAAUUGGAUAUAUUUAAUGGAAACAAUGCAAAACUUGAAGGUGACUUGAUAAGUCAAAUGAUCAACGUAUCAAAAAGAGAAACAUUAUUACCAUUAAAUAGUGUCCUUUUUGAUAAUAUAACAAGUGUACACGAGUUAAACUAUUGUUUCCAACAACAAUUAUUAAACAAUUGUUCCAAUAUAAUUAAUUUACUAAAGUUUAUAAUUAGUGUAAAUUCCAAUAGUGUGGAUGAAUGUUUGAUACCAAUAGAAGAUUUAGACCGAGACAAGUUUAUAUACAUUUUAUUUGAAAAUAAUAUUAAUAAUCAUGUGUUGAUAUAUCAAAUAGUACAGCCAGAAGAUGGAAAUAGUAGUUUAUUAAAUUCACCAAGUCAAUUGAAAGGAGAUUUAUGGUAUAUAGACCGUUUUAAUGAUGUAUAUAAUAUCUAUGAUGAUGUCAAGUAUAUAAUUAAUAGUGGGAAUACAGAAGUUCUUAAUUCAGAUUUAGGUUUAAAGUUGAUCAAGACAAUACCAUUAAAUCAUUUUGAAUCUGAAAUAUUGAAACGUUCAAUAUUACAAAUAACACAUUAUAACAUCUCAUUAUUACUUAUCAAUUCAUCAAAUUGUGUUUCAUUUAAUCCAAAUUCUUUAGAUCCAAACAUAAAUUCAAAUUCUCUAGAUCCUAAUUUAAAUCCAAAUCCUGGUCUAUCCGUUGGUUUAAAUCCUAAUUCAGGUCUAAAUCUCAAUUUAAAUAAUGAAAUCAUAGGUUUAAAUACAAUAAAUUGGAAUAAAAUUAUUAAUUAUAAUAUUAAUAAUGGAACACCACUUAAAUAUGAAUAUACAGUAAAUAAUAAUACAGAAGAUGUAGAGAGAAAUGUAUUAUUUCAUGAGUUUAAUUAUAUUAAUAGAGAAAUUGAAAAUACUAACCGAGAAUUAUUAUCAUUAAAGGUUAAUUUAUCCAAUAGUAUAUUGAAUGAUAUAACUUUGAAAAUGGAUCAGAAUACACAUACGGCAUUACAAAAUACAAUUAACAAAUAUAAUAAAAAUGAAUACAAUUAUUAUUUAUUAAAAAGUUUAGAAAAAUUAUUCAAUACAAUUGAUUUAAGAGAGGAUAGUAAGUCCGGUACCACACCCAGUACUAAUUCUAAUAGUAAAUCUAGUACGAUACCUGGUACCACAUCUGGUACUAAAUCCACAUCCAAACCCACUUCGGCAUCUAGUACUAAUUCUAAUGUGUUUAAGAAUGAAUUUAAUGUAAUGAAUUUGGAAGAUGUUGAUUUGAUAAAACGUUGCCAAAUAUGUUUUAAUGUAGAAGAAAAUAAUAUUAAUACAUUAUUUAAAUGUUCAAGAUGUUUAGUAUAUGUGCAUAAAUAUUGUUAUAAUGUCUACAAGAAGAAUAAUGCCGAAUAUUUAUGUAACCGAUGUGAACAUGAGAAGAAACAAAACCAGAUUACAUUCAAGAAAUUCUCGAUAUUAUGUAAUUUAUGUAAACGAGGUGGUGGUGUCUUUAUAAAACUUUCUGAUUACUGGUUCCAUAAUUUAUGUCUCAUUUUACAUUAUUAUUCAAAUGUUAUACCUCAUGAGAGUAUUGAUCCAAAGAAUCAAAGUAUGGAUAUGAAGAAUCAAAGUGUGGAUAAUAUGAAGAAUCAACACUCGGAUACUCUUAAGUAUACCCAAACUAUGGAUAAUCUGAAGAAUCAAAAUACUAAUCUGACCUAUUCACAAAAUAUGAGAUAUGGAUAUUCUAAGAGUAUGGAUGAAGAAUUUGAAUGUAUAGUAUGUAGAUUAAAGAUUGGAGUGAUGUCAUGUUGUAUAAAUUGUAAUAUUAAAUUUCAUGCAUACUGUGGAUUCUUUCAAGGAUUCCAAUUUACAAUACAAAACAAGACAAUUAGUGUAUACUGUAAUAACUGUUCAGGUGGUAACUUAAUAAUUAAUAGAGCAAGUAACUAUUUGAAUAGAGAUAUUAUAAGUGAUAAGAAAAGACCAACUAGAGUUGAUCCAGCAGCUACAAAACCAGUUCAACCACCUGCAGAAUGUGUAAUUUGUCAUUCAAAUAAUUGUGGAACCUAUACCAAGUAUAUAAAAUGUCAAGGUUGUGAAACUAACUGCAUUAACUGUGGUCUAAUUCUACAUCGACAUUGCUACCCGUUUAAAAUUGGAACUAAUUUCAAGUGUGUAAAAUGUGUAACAGGUAGUACAAAUAUGCGCUGUUUUCUAUGCCUUUUAGGUGAUGAUAUACUCAUCAAACACACCAAUCAUACAAGUUAUUAUCAUGUGAUUUGUUAUAUACUAUUCAAUAACAAGUUCAAUACUUGUUAUAGAAGAUAUUAUAAAAAUCUAAUAAAAUUAAAUGCCAAUAGAGUGGAUGGAGUUAAGGGUGAUAGAGUGGAUGGAGUUAAGGGUGAUAGAGUGGAUGGAGUUAAGGACUAUGGGACUGGUGAAGUUAAAGGUGAUGGAACAAGUGAACUCACUACUAAUAGAUCAACCUCUGAACUAAAUACUGAUACAACAACAUCUGAACAAACCAAUGAUAGAAAAUAUGAAAAAACAAAUUGUUGUAUAUGUAUGGAAACAGAUGGAUUAAUGAUUAAAUGUUUCAAGAAAAAUUGUAGUAACAGAUUUCAUGGCAACUGUGCAUUAAGGAACAAAUUGGUGUUGGAUUUUUACACACCAAUUGACUAUAUAGCAUUAUGUCAAGAACAUUCUCUACUACAUAAUGCUGUAGGACCGAACCUGAAAUUACUAAUCAAACUCAGAUUACAAGUGCUUAUGAUGAGAGACCUCUUCAAAGAUAUGUACCAUCAAAAUGCAGUACUCUGCUCAAUUAUAAGAAAACGAAAAGAAAUACAUAACCUUUUGUACCCACUAAUGUGA